CGGAGUAAUUGAUAACUGCCUCCGGUCGAAGCGAAAGUAAACGUGGAGAAUACAGCAGAAUAGCAUGACAGUUGACAUUUCCUCACACCAGAUGAGGGAAGAUGUUAGCCAUGGACCAAGGCGUGGUGGAGGAAUGGCUGUCUGAAUUUAAGACUCUGCCAGAGACAGCCAUCUCCAGCUAUGCAGCCUCACUGAAAGAGAAGGGCUCUCUGGUCCCAGCACUCUACAAAGUCAUCCGGGAAAACUACAGUGAUCUCCUGGAGCCGGUGUGUCACCAGCUCUUUGAGUUCUACCGCAGCGGGGAGCCCCGUCUGCAGCGUUUCACUCUGCAGUUCCUGCCGGAGCUGAUCUGGAGCUACCUGUCCGUCACAGCCGGCCGAGACCCCCACUGCAGCGGCUGUAUAGAGGCCCUGCUGCUGGGCAUCUAUAACCUGGAAAUUGUUGACAAAGAUGGUCAAAGCAAAAUAUUGUCCUUCACUGUCCCUUCAUUAUCUAAACCUUCAGUCUACCAUGAGCCCUCCACUAUUGGCUCCCUGGCCUUGACAGAAGGAGCUCUAGCCAAUCAUGGGUUGAGUCGAGUUGUGUACAGUGGACCUCACCUCCAGAGGGAGACUUUUACAGCACAGAACAGAUUUGAGGUCCUGACAUUCCUGUUACUGUGCUACAAUGCUGCUCUUAGCUACGUGUCCAGCUCUUCACUCCAGUCUCUCUGCCAGCUGAGCUCCAGGGUCUGUAUCUGUGGGUAUCCAAGGCAACAGGUGCGUCGAUAUAAAGGCAUCAACAGUCGUAUGAUGGUUACAUCAGAGUUCUUGGUUCAGCUGAUCACUGGCAUUCAUUUUGCUCUGUGUAACGGCGAGGUGGACCUUGGCUCCAGGGCUCUGGAUGACGUGCUGUACCGGGCCCAGCUGGAGCUCUACCCAGAGGCUCUGUUGGUGGGCAAUGCCAUUAAGUCAUCACUCCAUGGCGUAGCCCUCAAGUCCAACAAGGAGGGCACACGCAGCAUUCAGGUGGAGAUCACUCCCACGUCCUCCAGGAUCUCCCGAAACGCCGUCACAAGCCUGUCUAUCCGUGGCCACCGCUGGAAGAGACACGACGCAGUGGAUCUGGGUUCCCCGGAUGAGCUGAUGGAGAUCACUGAGGUAGACGAGGGCUUCUGCAUGCAGGGAGGCGCAGAGGGAGGCAGCCCCCCCACCAUCGUGGUCAGCAACAACACUGCCGUGUCCACCACUGUAAGCGGAGGAGGGGUCAAGCUAACAGGCAAGGGCCUCCGCAGGCUGGGAGGGAGCAAAGCCAGCAAAGAAAAGGAGAAAGAGAAGGAGAAGGAGAAGGAGUUGGCCACAGCGGCAGAGCAGCUGUCCCGUAAGCAAGGAGGCGGCAGAGCUAUGAGCGAGAACCUGGAGCUGCUGUCAGUCAAGCGUCUCACCCUCACCUCCAGCCAAUCAGUGCCUAAGACAGCUGCGCUCAGCCUCUCCCGUACAGCCAGCGCCGUGUUCUCCCGCUCCUUCGAGCAAGUCAGCAACGCGCUGGCCGUCGCCGCCGGGAACCCCAACCGCGCGCCCAGCCCUGCCCCCAACCACACCACGGAGGGAAACCGCUUCUCAGCCUGCAGCCUGCAGGAAGACGGGCUGACUUAUGUGGCGGGCGGGGUCGAGCACCUGAGCCCCGCCCCACAUCACAAGCAGUGCUCCCCGAGUAUCAGUAUCCACCUCGCCUCUGACCUGUGAGGUUUGACCUUUAACCUGUGACAUAUAACAGUAGGAGCCUCCAGUC